AUGAUAGCUAAGAAGCCUGGUCGGUUCUAUAUGUGCGCAAGGAAAGGCGCAGGCGUCCCCGAGCUUACACAAGCCUCCUUCGACACGUUGAAAUAUUACAAGGAGCGCUUUCCGAGGGGUAGGAAGGUCGGAACCCUGGUGACCGACCAGCUGCUGCUUGAGUCCGGGCUGCUAGAUUACAACCCUGCAGUUCGUCCCAUCGAAUCCUCAAGGCCGAACUCUGAACUUGCCAUGGUUUGCGGAUUUGCAAGCAGCGUGAAGCGCAAGUCCAAGGGCCGAGCCCAUGCUCUUGAGGCCGCCCAGAGUUCGAAACCUGCCACCCCUGUCGUGGCAGGGCCUGCCUCGGAAGAUCCAGCCCCAUCGGUUAGCUAA